UUUGCUAUUUUCCACAUUGUAGCGCUUCGGCCCUAUUUCGGAACUCUACGACCUCGAUUCAUCGUCUCGCUUUGGAUCGAUCGGAGAGCGAAGCGGCCCGAAGGUUAGGAAUUUGUGCUCUUCGCCAUGGAGUUGGAUCUGUGGAUCUCCAAGGUGAAGGAGGGGCAGCAUCUCGAGGAGCACGAGCUUCAGCUUCUCUGCGAAUAUGUCAAAGAGAUACUUAUUGAGGAAUCAAAUGUACAGCCUGUUAAUAGCCCUGUCACUGUUUGUGGUGACAUUCAUGGUCAGUUUCACGAUCUAAUGAAGCUAUUUCAAACUGGUGGUCAUGUUCCCGAGACAAAUUAUAUUUUUAUGGGUGAUUUUGUAGAUCGCGGUUAUAACAGUCUUGAAGUUUUCACAAUCCUUUUGCUUCUAAAAGCCAGAUACCCUGCAAAUAUCACCCUUUUACGGGGCAAUCAUGAGAGCAGGCAGUUAACUCAGGUAUAUGGAUUUUAUGAUGAAUGUCAGAGGAAGUAUGGAAAUGCAAAUGCGUGGCGCUAUUGCACAGAUGUGUUUGACUACCUUACUCUAUCAGCAAUUAUAGAUGGCACUGUGCUUUGUGUCCAUGGCGGUCUUUCUCCAGAUGUGAGAACAAUUGACCAGAUAAGGAUUAUUGAUCGCAACUGUGAAAUUCCGCAUGAAGGUCCUUUUUGUGAUCUCAUGUGGAGUGACCCAGAAGAAAUUGAUACUUGGGCUGUUAGCCCUCGAGGUGCUGGUUGGCUAUUUGGAUCAAGGGUUACAACAGAAUUCAAUCAAAUAAACAAACUUGAUCUUGUUUGCCGGGCUCAUCAGCUAGUCCAGGAAGGUCUCAAGUAUAUGUUUGACAAGGGGCUUGUAACUGUUUGGUCUGCCCCAAAUUAUUGUUACAGAUGUGGGAAUGUGGCUUCAAUAUUGAGCUUCAACGAAAACAUGGAAAGGGAGGUGAAAUUCUUCACAGAAACGGAGGAGAAUAAUCAAAUGCGUGGGCCGAGGUCUGGAGUCCCCUAUUUUCUUUGAAUGAAAUGGCAUUGGCGGCUCAAGUACAUUUCCACACCUCAAAGAAUCUGGUCAGUAAGAUGAAAGGUCGUCGUGGGUAUUUGCUGAUCAGAUCCCAACCCAUUGGCAGCUACACCUUGUAUACGUCUUAUGCCACACAGUAGAGAUUGUCGGUGUUCCGUAUUUACUGUUGUUUUCUUACAUUUAUAGGUUGUGAUUUACAAUUGUUAUUUUGAUUUAGGAGUUCUUGGUGAGCUAAUUUGUUGUUGAUACUUCAUAGGUUAUAUUUAAAUUUUCUAACUUGUUUCCA